AUUAAACACUAGUAGCCAUGACAUCUUUAGAUUUUCAUAAACAAUGGCUUUUGGCUUAUUGCCUUGUCUUAUUCAUACAACUUCUUUCACCGCCAAGUUGCCCUGCUUUUGCUUCUGCUACUUCUACUACUGAAGCGGAAGCACUUCUCAAAUGGAAAGCCACCUUUCAAAACCAUACCCGCCCGCAAAAUCUCACCUCGUGGGCUUACCUACCCGCUCAUACAAAAGCAGCCCCAUGCUUCUGGACUGGUAUUUCAUGCAAUGCUGUUGGAAGUGUCAGUGUGAUAAACCUUACCAAUUUCGGGAUACAAGGUACACUACAUGAGUUUUCCUUCUUGUCUUUCCCCAAUCUUCAAUACCUCGAUCUCAGCUACAAUAAUCUCUUUGAUGUCAUUCCAGCUCAGAUCAGUUCCCUCUCCAAACUCAUCUAUCUUGAUCUUUUUAACAAUUGGCUAAGUGGUUCAAUCCCAACAUCCCUCGGUGAUCUCACAAAAAUUACAUUUCUCUAUCUCAACCGUAAUAAUCUUUCUGGCACAAUUCCGAAAGAGAUAGGGAAAUUGAAAUCUCUUGUGGACCUAGAAUUGUCUCAUAACCAGCUCAACGGUUCAAUCCCAACAUCCCUAGGCCAGCUCACAAACCUUACCACUCUCUAUCUCCAUAGUAAUAAUCUUUCUGGCACUAUUCCUAAAGAGAUAGGGAAAUUGAAAUCUCUUGUGGACCUAGAAUUGUCUCAUAACCAGCUCAACGGUUCAAUCCCAACAUCCCUAGGCCAGCUCACAAACCUUACCACUCUCUAUCUCCGUAGUAAUAAUCUUUCUGGCACUAUUCCUAAAGAGAUAGGGAAUUUGAAAAAGUUGGCUACACUGCAAUUGCCAAGUAACCAAUUAAUAGGUUAUUUGCCCCAAAAUAUUUGCUGUAGUGGACAACUUCAAUACUUUUCAGUGUUCAACAACCAUUUGACAGGUCCAAUCCCCAAAAGCUUGAAAACAUGCAAGAGCUUAGUUAGAGUUCGUCUUGAAGGGAACCAAUUCACAGGCAAUAUAUCAAAAGACUUUGGUGUUUAUCCAAAUCUUGAUUUCAUUGAUAUGAGUCACAAUAAGUUUUAUGGUGAAAUUUCACAAAAAUGGGGACAAUGCUCAAAAUUAGAAACCUUACUAAUUGCGGGAAACAACCUUACUGGUAACAUACCUCCCGAGAUUGUCAAUGCUGGCAAAAUUCAUAAACUCGACCUCUCUUCAAAUCACUUAGUUGGGGCUAUUCCGAACGGGUUCGGGAGAAUGACUUCUUUGCAGAGGUUGAUGCUGAAUGGAAAUCAACUUUCAGGUUGUAUACCUUCGAAAUUUGGAUUACUUGUUGAUCUUGAAUAUCUCGACUUGUCAUCAAACAAAAUAAAUGGGUCAAUUCCGAGCACAUUCGGCAACUUUCUCAAACUGUUCCAUCUGAAUUUGAGCAACAAUCAAUUUUCCCAAGGAAUUCCAUUGAAGUUGGAAAAGUUAGUUCAGUUGAACGAACUUGAUUUAAGUCACAACUCACUGGAAGGUAGCAUACCCGCUGAAAUCAACAAUAUGGAGAGUCUACAGACACUCAAUCUUUCUCACAACAAUCUUUCUGGUUUCAUACCAUCAAGUUUUGAAGGCAUGCAUGGAUUGUCGUAUGUGGAUGUAUCUUACAAUGAAUUCGAAGGUCCCCUUCCCAACAACAAAGCAUUUCGACAAGCUCUGCCAGAAGCUUUACAAGGGAACAAAGGACUGUGCGGCAACAUUGAAGGUUUGCAAUCUUGCACAAUUGGCCCAAGAAAGGACCACAAAUGGGUACUUGGAAUCACAUUCUCCCUUAUAGCAGCAAUUUUACUUCUUUCUGCUUUCUUUACAAUUAAAUUCAUAGUGCAAAGAAAGAAGAAACGUCCAGAAACAGAAGAAAAAAACUUGCAUGAAGAUAUCGUUUUCGGUUUAAAUUUUGAUGGAAAGUCAAUGUAUGAGGAAAUCAUAAGGGUGACAGAAAAUUUUGAUUCCACAUAUUGCAUCGGGAGCGGAGGACAAGGAAGCGUCUACAAAGCAAAUUUGUCAAGUGACAACAUAGUGGCUGUGAAAAAACUACAUCAAUUGUGGGAUGGUGAGAAGAAUUUGGAGACGGCAUUCUUGAAUGAAAUAAGGGCACUAACAGAGAUAAGACACCGGAAUAUUGUGAAGCUUUAUGGUUUCUGUUCACACCAUCAUCACUCGUUCUUGGUGUACGAGUUUGUUGAAAGAGGUAGCUUGGCUGCAAUUUUGAGCAAAGAUGAAGAAGCUAAAGAAGUAGGGUGGAGAAAAAGGGUUAAUAUUGUUAACGGUGUGGCUCAUGCCUUGGCAUAUAUGCACCAUGAUUGCUUGCCACCAAUUGUGCACCGGGACAUAUCAACCAAGAAUAUUUUGUUGGAUUCCAAAUAUGAGGCCUCUGUUUCUGACUUUGGCACUGCUAAGUUUUUGAAUCCUGGAUCAACAACUUGGACUGCCGUUGCAGGCACAUUUGGGUAUAUCGCACCAGAACUUGCAUAUACCAUGGAAGUGAACGAAAUAUGCGAUGUUUAUAGCUUUGGAGUGGUUGCUAUGGAAACAAUCAUGGGAAAGCAUCCUGGUGAUUUUUUCUCAUCAUUCUUAUCAGUGCCUUCUUCGUCCACGUCGUCAUCAACAUCAACAUUACCACCCCAUCAAAUGUCAGUUGUGGAUGUUCUAGACCAACGCAUUUUGCCUCCAACACAUCAAGAAGUAGGGGAAGUACUCUCUCUUAUGAAGAUUGCAUUUUCAUGCUUGAAUCCCAGUCCGCAUUCUCGCCCUACAAUGAGACGAGUUACUCAACUCCUCUCAACUCAGAAGUUGCAUUUGUCGAAGCCAAUACGUAUGAUAACCUGCGGUGAAUUGCUUGCUCUAGAUCAUUUGACGGCCUGAGAAGCAGAGAGUGUGCUUAUUUCCGAUAAAUAAAUUUCGAGUCUUCCUUUUAGAAGAAAGAUUCUUCGUAGAUGUUUCUGUAUUGUAAUUUAUUUUUAUGCACUAGUUUGUUGGGGCUCUAUUCACUUUAUGCAGAAUGCUUAAUGUUUUUCAGUUAAAAUUGUGUUUACGCUUGUGAGGAAGAAACAGAAGUUAAUAAAACAAAGAAUUGGUUUUCAUGCA